CUCACUGAAAUAAAAAAUCCCAUAUUCAGGCUUCAUUAAUUGGGAGACAUGAGCCCUCCUCUCCAGCAGGUGUCGCUUCAGCUCCGUGUUGCAGACAGAAGAAGAGCAGGCUGGAGUUUCUUUGGGGAAACAGCGCCCCGGUGCCGUCAGACUGCGCAUGUGCGGAGUCAGCGCGUGACCGCGGCGCGUGCCUGAUGCUGAGCAGCUGACCUGUUUCCUGCGGUCGCCUCCCUGUCCUCCUCUGCAGGUGUGCGCAGUUUUAACAUGACCGCAGAGUUUCUGCGCAACAUCUGCGCCUCCACGUGGCGCGCGCCACCUUCCAGCCGCUGAUCGGAACCGGAUCCAUCCGAACAUGGCCGUGCUCGGUCCAGGAUCCGCUUCGCUUCGGUUCGGCUCGGUCCUCCUGAUUGUCCUGAUCCUCUGCGGUUCUUCCUGGACCAGAGAUGUCCUCACAGGACGCAACGACACCAGGCCAGAACCGAACCGGGAGCAUCACGACCAGGACCAGGGUCACGCAGCCAACGCCACGAAACACAAGAAGGCUUUCCCCGUCCUCGAGUUGAACUACGAUUAUGUCCGGAUGCCGUUUGAGAUUUCCCUGUGGAUCCUGCUGGCGCUGCUGAUGAAGCUGGGUUUCCACAUCAUUCCCAGAGUUUCCCACAUCGUUCCAGAGAGCUGCCUGCUGAUCUUCGUCGGUCUGCUUGUUGGCGGCGCCAUCAAAGCGAUCCAAGAGAAGGCGCCGGUCAUGGACACCAAGCUCUUCUUCCUCUACCUGCUGCCGCCCAUCAUCCUCGACGCCGGCUACUUCCUGCCCAUCCGGGCUUUCACCGAGAACAUGGGCACCAUCCUGGUCUUCGCGGUGGUGGGGACCCUGUGGAACGCCUUCUUCAUCGGCAGGAUGAUGUUCGCCGUGUGCCAGAUUGAGGCCGCCGCAGCCGCCCAUGUUAGCCUGCUGUCCUGCCUGCUGUUCGGCUCCAUCAUCUCGGCCGUGGACCCGGUGGCGGUUCUGGCCGUGUUCGAGGAAAUCCACAUCAACGAGCUGCUGCACAUCCUGGUGUUUGGAGAGUCGCUGCUUAACGAUGCGGUCACGGUGGUUUUGUAUCACCUGUUUGAGGAGUUUUCCCACGCAGAAACUGUUACCGUUGGCGACGCCUUCCUCGGCGUGGUCUCUUUCUUCGUGGUUUCGCUCGGCGGCAUCCUGGCAGGUGUCAUCUACGGCGUCCUGGGUGCCUUCACGUCCCGCUUCACCUCGCACUCCCGCGUCAUCGAGCCGCUCUUCGUCUUCCUCUACAGCUACAUGGCGUACCUCUCCGCAGAGGUCUUUCAUCUGUCUGGGAUCAUGUCUUUGAUUGCCUGUGGCGUCGUCAUGCGGCCGUAUGUGGAGGCCAACAUCUCCCACAAGUCCUACACCACCAUCAAAUACUUCCUGAAGAUGUGGAGCAGCGUGAGCGAGACGCUAAUCUUCAUCUUCCUCGGGGUUUCCACAGUGGAAGGCCCUCACAACUGGAACUGGAUCUUUGUGAUCUUCACCCUCAUCUUCGCCCUCCUUUCCAGAGUGUUGGGAGUCGUUGGCCUCACCUUCAUUAUAAAUAAAUUUCGUAUUGUGAAGCUGACCAAAAAGGACCAGUUCAUCGUGGCCUACGGUGGCCUGCGAGGUGCAAUUGCCUUCUCUCUGGGAUACCUCAUACAUGAAGAUGGGGACAGCAAAAACACGAGGGGCAUGUUCCUCACCGCCAUCAUCACAGUUAUCUUCUUCACCGUCUUUGUGCAGGGGAUGACCAUCAGGCCUCUGGUGGAGCUGCUGGCAGUGAAGAAGAAGAAGGAGAGCAAACCGUCAAUAAACGAGGAGAUUCACACUCAGUUCCUGGACCACCUGCUUACAGGAAUCGAAGACGUCUGUGGACAUUACGGACAUCAUCACUGGAAGGACAAGCUGAAUCGCUUCAAUAAGACGUACGUGAAGAAGUGGCUGAUCGCAGGCGAGCGCUCCAGCGAGCCGCAGCUCAUCUCCUUCUACAACAAAAUGGAGAUGAAGCAGGCCAUGAUGCUGGUGGAGAGCGGGAGCGCCGCCAAGCUGCCCUCCGUCAUGGCCGCCGCCGACCAAAACGCGGAGCAGCAGAGAGAACCGAGACCAGAGCGAAUGAUCCCCAAGAUCUCAAAGACCCGCGAAGCCGAGAUCCGCCGGAUCCUUCGGGCCAACCUGCAGAACACGCGGCAGAGGCUGCGCUCCUACAACAGACACGACCUCUUCAUGGACCCGUUUGAGGACAACAUGAGCGAGGUCCGCUUCCGGCGGCAGCGGGUCGAGAUGGAGCGGCGGAUGAGCCACUACCUCACCGUUCCGGCGAAGCGACAGGAAACGCCGUCGGUCCGGAAGGUUUGGUUCGAACCAGAUCAUAAAGUCUACACCUACGAUGAGAACGAGAGUGCCAGGCCGUCCGACAGCGCCGCCCUGCUGGACGAGUCGAAUCGGAGCGCCGACGGCCAAUCAGAGAGGCAGAAACCGACUCGCUGCCUGAGCGACCCCGGUCCCAAUGAGGAUGAGGAAGGAAUCAGCUUCCGCUCGUCAUGAUGAAGGUUUCCUCUCUGGACUGUUUGUGUUUGAUGUGUGAUAUGAGGUGAAACAUUUCAGUGUUUUCAGCACCGAACGGACUCUUCAGGGUAUUAUGAAGCACAAAGGAAAGAUUAUCAAUGAAGCAAGUUGAUCGAUCAGUUUUACAGCUGAAUGAGUCAUCAGUUAAUUUUAUAACGACGAUUAAUAAAAGAGCAAAAAGGAAACACCUGGAGGAAGGAAGGGAGGGAUGGAGGAAGCCAUCUUGGAGGGAUUUACUGCAUAUAAUCCAUAAAUAUCCAAAGAAGAAAUUCCUGACCUGGAUGCAGUUUGGUCGACUCGCAGAUCAGAGAUGAAGCAUCUAGAAUGACCACAGGGGGGCGCUCAUCACUCCAGAUCAUACAGCCGCUGCUCCAACCGACUGUCAGAUGCUUCGGUGACUUCAGAUACUGCUUGUAAAGUUACACUGUCAAAAACUAGUUAGUAAAUAUUUAGUUCGGAGCUAAAUAUUUAACUCCAAGCUAACUAUCUAGCUCCCAACUAAAUAUCUAACUUGCUAACUUGUUUGAAUCUGAUAUUUGUAAAUUAAUGAAUGACAUGGUGAAAAUAAGUCUUUGAAAAAUGAACCCCCAUUUUUUCUGAUAUGGUCAAAUAACUCAGAAUAUUGCUGUUAAUUUUUGACGGUGCAACUUUCCAAACUGCACUGCAAACGUCACUGCCUGACGGUGAGAUUACAUCACUUCCGCCCCCUGGUGGCUGGAUGUGGACCAAACUACGUCCAGCUCCUCCUGGGUAGCAAACUGUUUAUUUCUCUGUAAAUCAGUUGCAUUUUAAAGCUUGAACUAUGUGUAUCUGUCUAUCUUUUCUGCUGGUUUUGUGCAUAAAAGCAGCAUAAAUUAAGUUGACCACGUCACCUCGGACACCAAAGGCUGCUGUGCCGAUUCUUCAGUGAUCAUGUUCGACUAAUUAUGUGUUUUACAGCAAGCUUGUGCCUUAUUCAGUUGCAUUUCAUUUGUCUUAAUAUCAUGGGAUAGACUGAACAAAAACCUCAACAUAUUUUUUCAUGUAAUUAAAAGAUAAAUAUUGUAUAGGUGACCAAACGUCUGAACGACCUUUAAUCACCUCCUGACUCAUCAUGUUGCCUCAGGGACUCAAACAUAGCUUGUCGGAUCCCAGCUGCUGAAGGAAAACUCCGGUUUGGAGAUUCAAACAGGAUGUGAUGUUUCAUCAACUUCCUCCUAACUAAGCUUUAAAGCGUUUAAUGUCUGCCUGCAUCUCCUGUGUUACAAGCUUUUAUAUUUUGUGUUGUAGCCAUCUUGGAGGGAUUUACUGCAUAUAAUCCAUAAAUAUCCAAAGAAGAAAUUCCUGACCUGGAUGCAGUUUGGUCGACUCGCAGAUCAGAGAUGAAGCAUCUAGAAUGACCACAGGGGGGCGCUCAUCACUCCAGAUCAUACAGCCGCUGCUCCAACCGACUGUCAGAUGCUUCGGUGACUUCAGAUACUGCUUGUAAAGUUACACUGUCAAAAACUAGUUAGUAAAUAUUUAGUUCGGAGCUAAAUAUUUAACUCCAAGCUAACUAUCUAGCUCCCAACUAAAUAUCUAACUUGCUAACUUGUUUGAAUCUGAUAUUUGUAAAUUAAUGAAUGACAUGGUGAAAAUAAGUCUUUGAAAAAUGAACCCCCAUUUUUUCUGAUAUGGUCAAAUAACUCAGAAUAUUGCUGUUAAUUUUUGACGGUGCAACUUUCCAAACUGCACUGCAAACGUCACUGCCUGACGGUGAGAUUACAUCACUUCCGCCCCCUGGUGGCUGGAUGUGGACCAAACUACGUCCAGCUCCUCCUGGGUAGCAAACUGUUUAUUUCUCUGUAAAUCAGUUGCAUUUUAAAGCUUGAACUAUGUGUAUCUGUCUAUCUUUUCUGCUGGUUUUGUGCAUAAAAGCAGCAUAAAUUAAGUUGACCACGUCACCUCGGACACCAAAGGCUGCUGUGCCGAUUCUUCAGUGAUCAUGUUCGACUAAUUAUGUGUUUUACAGCAAGCUUGUGCCUUAUUCAGUUGCAUUUCAUUUGUCUUAAUAUCAUGGGAUAGACUGAACAAAAACCUCAACAUAUUUUUUCAUGUAAUUAAAAGAUAAAUAUUGUAUAGGUGACCAAACGUCUGAACGACCUUUAAUCACCUCCUGACUCAUCAUGUUGCCUCAGGGACUCAAACAUAGCUUGUCGGAUCCCAGCUGCUGAAGGAAAACUCCGGUUUGGAGAUUCAAACAGGAUGUGAUGUUUCAUCAACUUCCUCCUAACUAAGCUUUAAAGCGUUUAAUGUCUGCCUGCAUCUCCUGUGUUACAAGCUUUUAUAUUUUGUGUUGUAGACAUCUGUCACAUGAAGAAAAACUAUAAUAAAAUAAGUUUACUGUUAA